CCAGACCACUCGUGGCUUCUCUACUGUUUCGUGGCCCUUGCGUUCUGUGCCGGGCUGGUGUUUGCUGCCAUCAGCUACGUCAUCUAUAAAUACGUCAAGCAACACAGUGCACAGCCCAUGUCUCUGGACUUCAGAGGGAUUUCAUCGUUCCAGCCUCUUACGCUGACAGUGGAACAUAUCAUAAAGCCCAUUAAUUUAUGCAAACCCUCACUGCUCAUCCCUGAAGUGCAGCUACCACAGAUCAGCCAACACCUGGACCGAGCACUGGAGCCACCAUGGUCUUUCCGUCCACCAGAACCCGUCUAUCAGCAGCAGACGGACGUGCCUCCCUUCCAGCUGCCCACGCAUCCUCCCUGCCCGGCACGCACAGCUCCUGCUGGUUACGCUCCUCAGACGGCCAAGCAAAGCGCCCCUACUGCCACGUCCAGCAAAACCCUGCCUCUAACCUACGGGGUGUGUGUCAAAGACACGGAGCAGGUUGACAAGAAGGAUUUGCAGCCAAAUCAAACGUUAAAAGCAGUUUCUCCAGACAGUUUUGCUGCUGGGAAGCUCAUAACUCAGAUGCUGGGCAAGAGCUGCAGCCACUGGAAUUACAAAGAGCAAGUUCCAGACUUGGUGUCGUGGCCCAGCAGUGACACGAGGGAGUCGGUGCUCGCACAGGGGAGCCCUGGGCACACACAGCAGCUGCUGCUGCAGACUGAUGGGAUGGAAAGCAAAGUGCCUGCAUCCCUGUCCCUGUCUUUGCUGGAGCAGGGAGGAUGCUACAGACGACAGACAGAACUGCCACUGCUGCUGUCGUCAGUGACAGCUGACACAGACUACGUGCCACAGGACAAACCCCUGUCGUCCCUAUCAGCCACUCUCUUUUCCUCAGUCAGCACUGGUAGCAGCUUCCCAGGAGAGAGCAACACCGAGCGGUGGAUCUUGCCUGAUUCAUUCGCACACUCUACAAAUAAAUUGCAGUUCCCAGAGACUCAGGAAACAGAAAUGUUCAUAUCAGGAAAGCUAAACAGCACAAAACUGAAUAAUGUUGUGUCCCAAGACUCUGUCUCAGAGUGGGACAACGGCACUGGUCUCACUUCGCUCUUCAAAGAUUUGGACUUAAAAGUACUGCUGGAUCAGGAUGAAAACACAGAAUUUUAUUAG